CCUGUCUCCAACCCACGCACACCGCAUCCUACCAUGUCCACCUUCUCCUCCGUCCUUCGCCCAACCCUCUUCUCUACCCUCUGUAACGCCAUCUUCCUCGGCGGCGCCACUUACCACCUCAGCACGCGCAUCGACCGCAACCUCGAAGAGCAGGAAGCCCGGCUGGACGAAAUCGAGGGGACGCUGCGCGGCCACAUUGGCUUGAUUGAGGACGCGCUGGAUCGGAUCGAGGGGAAAGCGAAUCGAGGGAGGCAGGAGGAGUUGUAUGGGAAGAGGGGCAGGGAUGAGAAAGAGCAAAAGGGGAAGAAGGAGUGAUCGGGGAGAAAUAUGCUGUGGUGUCAACAUCUCAAGGCACUCUACACAUCUGUCUACCAGACUCGGGACUCACGCGCUCACC